AUGUCCACUCACCAAGUACUCCCGCCACAGCGGGAAAUGACCGACUUCGAGCAACACGUCUACGAAUGCACAUACAUGAUAGGCAAGGAAGCCGCCGACGUACGCUGGGACGUCGACGCCCAAGAAUGCAACCUCCGCUUUGAAUCUGCAACCCGCGGUCCACCCACUAAAGUCGCAUUCACUCUCACCAUAACUCCUUCUCUCAGCAAUAGACUCGGAAGCCUGCACGGGGGAUGCGCUGCGACUCUGAUUGAUAUCCUCUCGACCACAAUCUUGUUAGGAGUCUCCACACCUGGGAAAUUCGGGUUCGGUGGCGUGAGCCGGAACUUGAGGACGACUUAUCUCCGGCCCGUGCCCAUUGGGACAGAGGCGAGGAUUGUGUGUGAGGUUAUGCAUGUUGGAAAAAGAUUGGCGCUUUUACGGGCGGAGAUCCAGAAGGCGGAUACUGGUGAUGUUUGUGUUGUUGGGGAGCAUGAGAAGGCGAAUACGGACCCGGAGGUUGAUCAGAGGAUUUGA